CCCAAAAUAGCAUAGCCCUAAUCCCUUCCGGUCAGGCGGUCACCCCCUCACGCCCUCGCUCUUCAGUCCUCACAGCCCCAGACGGUCUGACCUCUCAGCGUCUCAGCCCGACCAUCUUGAAACUUUUAGGACUCCAUAAUGCAACGGUUACUAAAGAUUGCCAGGCGAUCACGUCCCGCCGCUACUUAUUUUUGCGGCCAUGCUUCAUUUCAAUCCACGGUGGCGAAGCAGCACCAUACCAUUUCAAUUUCUGGUAACUUGCAGAAGAAUGCUCUUCCUGGCGAUUUGUUGAAAUGGGGGUCGCUUGGGUUCUGUAGAACGUCGAAAUUCGCCACUGGGUUCACUCCGCUGCAGCGGAAGCCGCUUGACUCGAUCAUGAGCGUGGAGAGGGCAAAGAACAAGUCCGCUGAGGAACUUGCUGAUAUAUGGGAUGAUUACCACUUGGGAAGAGGUCACAUCGGAGCAUCGAUGACAGCAAAGUUAUACCAUCUAUUGGAGCAAAGAUCUGGAAGUUGCCGAUAUUUUGUGAUCCCACUGCGGAGAGGGGGUGGAUACUCGACAAUGUUUGUGCAAGUACAGACACCACACAUCCUCAUCACGGGUCUUGAAGACUACAAAGCAAGAGGAACACAAGCCGCCCCAUACUUCACCAUUUCUUAUUACACCGAGUUUGCGGAAAGCAAGGACCUGGUGCUUGUACGGGGAGAUAUCGUCUUCACGAGCAAACUCACUGAUACCGAAGCAAAAUGGCUCUUGGAGACCGCACACUCUUUCUAUCUGAACGAUACCAGGUACAAACUCGUCGAACGCUUCAACAAAGAAACGAGGGACUUUGAGUUCGAGGAUGUUUUGCGAGCACUGGAAAUGCCCAUCUUGUAGGCGAAAGCAAAUGUGAUAAUAUUUCCCUGCAAGCUCUGAGCCAUUUGAAAUAAGGCGGGUUCGGUUAGGUAGCCAUGCCAAGGUUGCCUGCAACUUGAAGAUGGAGUCUUAGAUUAUCCACAAAGUUUCAUGGGAGGGACAAUCUCUGAAAUGCCUUCAAAAUCCUUCAAGGCAUGAGUUUAUUAACUGUAUACAUGGCAUGAGCAGAACUUUUUAUGUUCAUUAGUUACUUGUUGAUUAGAUUAGUGAAUUUUACUAUGAAUCAAUUAAAUGAUGUCAAGUUAGCAUGUUUAAAACAAAUUUGUGGGUUGUUUAAAGAUCAAUUCACUAGCACUGCCAGUUGGUACAUUGGCCAAAUUAGCAUUAAAAAAAUUUGUAUGUUUCAAAUAAAGGAGAGUGACAUUUUUAGUCCCUCAAUUAUGAUUUGUGUA